CGGCCCGGCCGCUGCUACCGGCUGUGCGCGGCGGUUGCUGGCGCGCUGCCCGCCUCGCACGGCGCCGCGCUGUCCCGGCCGAGGAGCGCGGUUACCGACUGAGUGCGAGGAGCGGUGUAGGAGGCGCAGCCCGGAACCCCCGCAGGCGGCCGGAGCAGAGCCGCGCCCCGUUCUCGGUGGCUGUAAAUGGCGCUCGGCUGUCGCCACCGCCGUCAUUACCCUCCCUCACAGAGCGGCGGCGGCGACACCGACACCUCGUCCGUGGGGAGGCCGGCACAGGCCUCAGGGCGCGGGGGCAAGGAGCCCGGCCGCUGCUACUCGUCUCUUUACCCCGUCUGCGGUAGUACGGGGCUUCUGGCCUUGUAGCAAGCGCAGGAAAGAGUAGCUAGUGAUUAAAAUUGAGUUGCGCUAGUGUAAAGUCAGACAUCUGGCACUGGCUGGGUGUCCCCUGCAAGGCUGCUUCCUGCUCCAGUGGUUCUGUGCGACUGGCUGUAGCUGGGAUGUGAUUUUUUCCCAGUCACACACCUUUUCUCUUGGCACUGAACACUACAGCUCAGAAGCACAAGUGGAAGAGGAAAUUCCUCAGUGCCAGAGGAGGCUCCAAAAUGGAAGAAGGCAGAGAAGCUCCGCCAAAACUGGAAGAAAAUCCCGCUGAAGCAUUCACUGACUCAUCUCUCUUUGCUCACUGGGGCCAGGAUCUGAGUCCUGAAAACAGACGUAUCGCACUUAAACAGUUCCAGUAUUACGGCUACAAUGCUUACCUGAGCGAUCGCUUGCCACUGGACAGGCCCUUGCCCGACCUUAGGCCUAACGGGUGCAGGAACCUUACAUUUCCUGACAGGCUUCCUGAGGUCAGCAUUGUAUUCAUAUUUGUUAAUGAAGCUCUCUCGGUUAUUCUGCGCUCCAUUCAUUCAGCCAUUGACCGGACUCCAGCUCACCUGCUCAAGGAGAUCAUUUUAGUUGAUGAUAACAGUAAUAAUGAAGAACUCAAGGAGAAACUGAAGAAAUAUGUUGAUGAAGUGAAUGCCCAUAAGCCUGGUUUCAUCAAGGUUGUUCGACACAGCAAACAAGAGGGGCUGAUUCGAUCUCGAGUUAGUGGAUGGAGAGUAGCCACAGCACCAGUAGUUGCACUCUUUGAUGCCCAUGUGGAAUUCAAUGUGGGAUGGGCUGAACCAGUGCUUACUAGGAUAAAAGAAAACAGAAAGAGAGUCAUUUCUCCAUCAUUUGAUAAUAUUAAGUAUGAUAAUUUUGAAAUAGAGGAGUAUCCCCUCUCAGCACAGGGGUUUGACUGGGAGCUGUGGUGCCGAUAUCUGAACCCUCCUAAGUCAUGGUGGAAACUGGAAAACACAACUGCUCCAAUAAGAAGUCCUGCACUGAUUGGAUGCUUCAUAGUAGAUAGGGAAUAUUUCCAAGAGAUUGGCUUACUGGAUGAAGGCAUGGAAGUAUACGGAGGAGAGAAUGUGGAGCUCGGAAUCAGGGUAUGGCAGUGUGGAGGGAGUGUUGAGGUUCUACCUUGCUCCAGGAUUGCCCACAUUGAAAGAGCACAUAAACCAUACACAGAAGAUCUAACUGCUCAUGUCCGGAGAAAUGCACUGAGGGUGGCUGAAGUCUGGAUGGAUGAAUUUAAGAGCCAUGUUUAUAUGGCGUGGAACAUACCCCAGGAGGACUCCGGAAUUGAUAUUGGUGAUAUUUCUGAGAGGAAGGCCUUGAGGAAAAAGCUCCAAUGCAAGACCUUUAGGUGGUAUCUUGUCAGCGUGUAUCCAGAAAUGAGAAUGUAUUCAGAUACUGUCGCCUAUGGGGUGCUGCAGAAUUCCCUGAAAAGUGAUUUGUGCCUUGAUCAAGGGCCAGACACGGAGAAUAUCCCAAUUGUGUAUAUCUGCCAUGGAAUGACACCACAGAAUGUUUAUUACACAAGCAAUCAGCAGCUCCAUGUGGGUGUUCUGAGUCCCACUAUCGACGAUGAUGACAACAGAUGCCUGGUGGAUGUGAACAGCAGGCCCAGGCUCAUUGAAUGCAAUUAUGCCAAAGCCAAGAGAAUGAAGCUUUACUGGCAGUUUACUCAGGGAGGUCCAAUCCAGAACCGAAAAUCCAAGCGUUGCCUGGAAUUGCAGGAAAACAAUGAAAAUGAAUUUGGAUUUCAACUCGUCCUUCAGAAAUGCACUGGACAACACUGGUCUAUAACAAAUGUCCUGAAAAGCUUGUCAUCAUAGCAGACUAAAUUUUUUUACCCAUUUACUUUGCUACUGUGUAGCAAAUAUUGCAUUGUUGCCUGCUGUACUGUAUUUCUCUCACUACCACCACCCUCCCGGCUCCUACUUUUCCUCUUUUUCGUUCCUUUGAUUUUAUUUUGUGAGUGUGUGGAAAUGGGGUUUGUGGGCUGAAAAUAAGACUUUUUAUUUGACAACUACGUUUUCAUUACAUUUAUAGAGACUUUGAAUGACAGGUGAUGGGUAGGCUAUCCUAAAAUAUUUUACAACUGUAAAUAGGAAACAAAUGGAGAUUAUUUAUAACUCAAACUUUUAUUGAAUAAAAAAGUUCAAAUACUA